GUUCAAGGUGGGUGGAAGGACCGUACUGACGGCGUAGGUUCGUGUCAGCUAGACCUUAUCUAACGUGUUCAUUACGUGCAGAGCGCCGCUCUCGGUGGACUCGAUGCCAACUUCAACCUGUUCCUGCCCCCUAAUGCGGUGAACGGCAAGGUCCCAUCCUGUACUACCUCUCGGGGUUGACCUGCACGGAAGACAAUGGUGCCCAGAAAGGGAGCUUCCUCGGUCCCGCGUCCCAGGAAGGGAUCGCUAUCCUCUUCCCGGACACGUCCCCCCGGGCGCAGGCAUCGAGGGCGAAGACGCUGACUGGGACUUCGGUACCGGCGCUGGCUUCUACCUGAACGCGACGAACCCGAAGUAUGCGAAGCACUACAACAUGCUCGCCCAUGUCACCGAGGAGAUCCCGCAGGUCGUAGAGGCUGCUGGCCUCCCAAUCGACUUGACCCGCCAGUCCAUCUUCGGCCACUCCAUGGGCGGACACGGCGCGUUGACAAUCUACCUCAGCGCCGUGCUGAGCGGGCAGAAGCAGUACCGCGUUCAAGGGUACCUCCAGGGCGGCAUCGAGGAGGCCAAGGAAAAAUACGACGCGACGGAGCUCAUCGGCAAGACGAACAAGGAGCCGCUGCACGUCCUCGUCGACUACGGUACGGGCGACAACUUCUACAAGCAAGGACAGCUGCUCCCAGAGAACUUCUCAAAGGCCGCGCGCGAUGCUGGGUACGGCGAAGUGCAGGUCCGGGUACGCAGCCAAGAGGGCUACGACCACAGCUACUUCUUUGUGCGUGUUCCCCCAGGUCGCCCUCACGGCAUUUCCUCGGCGGUGCUGACCUUGCCCUGCCUGCGCUUCUCGCAGAUUUCGACAUUUGGCGCGGACCACAUCCAUUUCCACGCGAACUUCCUCAAGGCGUAGGCGGUCGGCGGACACGCACGGGGUCCGGGACGCGGAGUAAUCAGAGUGAAGUAGAAAGGCUAAGAAAGUGUACGAUCUACGAAGAAGACGUAACCUUGUAUUCCGGAUGUACUCAUACUUGGGGGACGAAACUGUAUCGAUGUCAAUCUCCGGCGGUUCGAAUUUCCCUUUCGCGGCACUCUCAGCGCGUGAACUCUGUCAGACCGCCCGGAUAGUUCAUAUGAAUGAAUGCGUCAUCAAUUCACAAGGAUGAAUGGUCCUUUACAUGGUACACUGACA